AUGCUUCAGAUUAGGCUAGAUCAAAAAGCCUUCCUUUUUCAUGAUCUCCAGCCAAUCAUCAGUGACAAUUCGUCUGUUUUAGGCUCGAGAUUUAUCUCCGACCAAUACACAAACACACUCUUUCCCCUGCAAGAUCUCCUUGGAAUCGAUAUGGAGGAAGAUGAAGUCUGGAUACGAUUACCUAUGGAGUCAUUCCAGGGCAGAUGUGUAGAACUUGUGGUUAGAGCUUGUGGCGAAAUUGGUCCCGUUGGACAAUUGGCGAUCCCGGAGGGUGACCAAGAUAAGGAUGAAUAUUUUGCGGGGAGUUACCGAAUUGCUGGGUUCAUCGCCCUGACAAGGUUUUUAAUGGCUAUGGAAAGGUGGAUUUCAAUUGCAGAAUAUAUUAAUAUGCCCAACCACUUCACAGAUAUGCCUUAUUUGCUUAUGUUUAUGAUUUUCAGUGCAUCUGUCGACAGAGUACCUCAGUGUCUAACAGAAGACACAAUGAUAUCUACUUUUGGGUUAGGUUCCAUAGAUCCGGGUGUCAGCUGGGCCCAAACCUUAUCUGAGACAAUAAGACGCUCUUUAUAG